AUGGCAUUCAAAUUCUUGGCUUUCUUCGCUCUCGUAGCCGCCACUCAAGCUGGAGUCAUCCAACAAUCAUACUCAGCUCCUGCUGUCUAUGCUCAUCAACCAGCUGUCUAUGCUCAACCCGCAUACACAAAGACCGUUGUUGCCCAACCAACGCUCGUCAAAUCCUAUGCCGCUCCAGUAGCUGUCGCUCAACCUGCCUACGCCAAGGUCGAUGAGUAUGACCCCAACCCACAAUACGCUUUCUCUUAUGAUGUCCAUGAUACUUUGACUGGUGACGCCAAGACCCAACACGAAACUCGCAACGGAGAUGUCGUCGAAGGAUCUUACUCCCUCAUCGAAGCUGACGGAACCAAACGUAUUGUUGACUACACCGCUGACCCACACCACGGAUUCAACGCCGUUGUCCGCAAAGAAGGUACCCCCAUUGUUCAAAAAGCUGUUGUCGCUACCCCAGUUGUACAAAAGACAUUGAUCGCUCAACCUGUUGUCCAAAAGACCUUGAUCUCUCAACCAGCUUACACCAAGACCAUCGUUUCUCAACCAUCUGUCCAAUAUUCCGCUCCAUUGGCCUACCACCACUAA